AAAUUAUUAGUUAGAUAACAAAUAGCUGUGAUUUUUGCGUCCGUCUCAUUCUCCUACAAAAGUUUUUUUGUUGUUGUAAAUAGCCUAUCAGUUUGUUUUGACUAACUCGAUAAUCUUGCAGAGCAGUAUUGAAACAUGAAGACCUCUGGACAGUUGGAAGAAUGCUACUGUGGCUGGGUUGAGCCGGCCCAGGUUCCAAGCACGUUUGUCUGCAGUGGCUGCAAAAAACAUUUUCACCCUGGCUGUUUAUUGAGUGGAAAGCCGUCACCACUAGAAGGUGACAUAUUUUUUAAAUUCACAUGCACUCAGUGUGGUGAAGAUGAACAGGAGCAUUUUGAGAGGAUAAAACUACAGUGGAUGCAGGUGGUGAUGUUGGCACUGUAUAAUCUCCAGCUGAGUAGUUCGGGCAAGUUUGGAUAUUUCCGAUGGAAGGAACACAUCUGUGCCUUCAUAGACAAACACUGGUCUCUGUUGUUUGCCUCACACAGAAAGAAGACCUCACUUUGGUAUGGCACUGUUGCUGGUACAUUGUCGUCUGGCUGUCCUAGUUACUUUGAGUCGGGGGCCAAGAAGCUCAAAGAAACAGGCUGGUGGCGUCUCGUCGAGAUGAAAGCUCCAGUGCUCAAACCAGAUGUGCCACGGGGAGUGCGUAAGAAGGCUGCAUUUCCACUGGACACAAGUGCAAUAAAAGUGGAAGGUCUGCGCUCUCGUAGAGGGAAAACAUCAAUACAAGCUGCUAUAGAACUCAAAGCUAAGAGAUCAACACUGCUGGAAGCCAAAGAAAUAAGGAAAGCUAAGUCCAAAGCCAGUAAGUUAGAAUCAGCCAGCUUAAAGCCAGAUGACACAAUUAUAGAACCAGCAGAAUCUGUGUCGAGACCGUCCACCAGUGUUUCAGAAACCGCCGAGUGUGCUGAAAUCAAACAGGAACCACAGAGUGAGGAGGACAGCUUCAACUUGUCCACUUCAAAUGUGUUGUCUACGUCAGUACAAAGUGACAAGGAAAUUGACCAUCGUUUGUCAUUGUCUAGUGCUACGAUUCCAGAGAUGUUACAGAUGGGAGACGAGGCUUUGGACUCGGAGAGUGAGAUGGAGAUAGACCCAGGAUCCAUGUUGGAUCCUCAGACAGCAUUGCCAUCCCUUCCGUCUUCAUCGUUCUCCAUCGAAGAUAUGUUGUCAACGCUGGAUGGGACAGAGCAGACUGUCAGUGAAUCUGUUGAAAAGACUGUGGAGACGACAAACAGUGUGUCUGUAAAGGAGAAAUUAGCAGACAGUAACGACGAUCAGAGUGAGGCUGAGAGUGAGGAUGGACAGUUCGAGCCGCCGGCUGCGGAGGACGAACAGAAAAAUAAGAAACCUGACACAAGUUCCACGACUCAGGAAGAUGCAACUGCUAAGCCACCAUCUGUCAAGUAUGUUCCCAUGAGUCUGUAUGAGGAACAUCAGCUGCUUAAGAAGUUGAAUGCUGCCGACAGGAAAACUCUGCUCGAUCCAGAAGUGAAAAGACUUCAGCGGAAACUGGCUGUUAGACAGAUUAAACGAGAACGUGGAUUGCCAGUGUUUGAUCUGGAUGCAGAAGUGAAGCGACUGACUCAACCUCACUGGAGUACUAAUCAGGACAGAGCAGACGAAAUGAAAUAUCUAAAUUCUUUUGGAUGUCCUGUUUCCACAUACCAAGCGUCAAACAUGAGGAUUCUUGAUCGGUUCCAGACUGGAUUUCGGACAGUACAAGUGAUGUCUGAUCGGAGAGUAUCCUUCCUGAACCGAUUGGUGGGCACAGAGGAUGAUCAGUUACAGAGUAUAUGUAGUCCGUACACAACAAGAGUUCUGAAACCAUUUAUCCGUCGUGAUUUUGAAAGCCGGCCUCUGAAAAUGAAGCUGCUUCAAGAAAUCCAGGCUUAUCCUCACAGAAAAGAUCCAUCUUGGAAAAAUCCAGCUCUACCUCCGAUUGAUUACUGCUAUGUGAGACCUCAACACAUUCCUUCUGUUAAUGUCCUCUGUCGGGAGUUCUUCUGGCCAGGAAUCGACUUGUCCGAGUGCCUGCAUUAUCCAGAUUUCAGCUGCGUUGUUUUAUAUAGAAAAAUUGUGAUAGGAUUUGCCUUUAUGGUUCCUGAUGUAAAGUACAAUGAGGCGUACAUUUCUUUCAUCUUCACACACCCAGAGUGGAGGCGAGCGGGAAUAGCAAAGUUUAUGCUUUACCAUCUUAUACAGACGUGUCUUGGUAAAGAUGUCACACUGCACGUGUCUGCUACCAACCCGGCUAUGCUCCUGUACCAGAAAUUCGGCUUCAAGGCAGAGGAGUUCAUCUUGGAUUUUUACGACAAAUACUUUCCAGUCAACUCAGCGGAAUGCAAACAUGCUUUCUUUCUACGGCUGACAAGAUAAACAGUUUUAGAACAAAUCAGGAUAUUUAUAAAACAUGAAAACACUAAAGGAAUAUCAGGCUAUUUCUAGGUGUUCAGAUAUCCUUAAAAUCUUUAGCAGAAAAUUUUACAUGUUCUGCAGACAGACAUCAACUGAUCGUGUUCCAAUUGAUUUCAGGCACUUUGCCAUGUGCAAAUUCAGUGGAACCGUGACUUAAUAUAUGGAAUAAAUGUCAGUUUUGUUA